UCGCAAGCGGAAGUGGACGAGAUGCUGCAAACUUUGAUCAACAAGUCACCCAUCAUGCUCUUCAUGAAGGGUUCGCCGUCUCAGCCCCAGUGUGGCUUCAGCAAGCAGAUGGUUUCCCUCCUGCAGCGGCAUAACAUUGAGUUCGACCAUUUCGACAUUCUUCAGGACGACCUUGUGCGACAAGAGUUGAAGCGAUUCAGCAAGUGGGCUACAUAUCCUCAGCUGUACGUCAACGGAGAACUUGUCGGUGGUCUAGACAUCUGCAAGGAGCUAGUCGAGGCCGGCGAGCUC